UUUCUCUCUCUUUUUCGCUCUCCCGCGAAAUUACCAACGAAAGUUAAGGAAAAAAAAGGAAACAAAAAAAAAAAAAAGAAGAGAGCGCGAGAGGGAGCGAGGCGGGAGCAAGCGAUGUGCCAAAACCCUAACCCUAGCUCCUCCCCGACACCUAAUUCUAACCCCAGCGCAAACCCUAGCCCUAACCCUAACCCUAACCCUAGCGAGCGCGGGGAACCGAAGAAGCCGGCGGAGGUGCAUGACGGGGAGGUGCGGCGCCUCGCCCGCGCGUCGUCCCGCGCCCGCUCCGCCUUCGCCGUCGCCGCCGUGGUGGAGCCCCUCGUCGCCAUGCUUCCCUCCCCCGACCCCGCCGCCCGCGAGGCCGCCCUCCUCGCCCUCCUCAACCUCGCCGUUCGCAACCAAAGAAACAAAGAUACUAUUGUGAGGAUCGGUGCUCUUCCCCAUCUAGUAAAUCUCCUAGGAUCUGAAAACAACAGCCUAAGAGAGCUAGUCACUGCAGCAGUGCUCACACUCUCCGCUUCACCAUCAAACAAACCAGCAAUCGCCACUUCCGGGGCAAUUCCCCUUCUUGCAAAUAUCCUAAGGUCAGGUACCAUCCAAGGAAAAGUCGAUGCCGUCACAACCCUAUAUAACCUCUCCGAUUGCGAAGACAUCUCUGUUACUCUCCCUAUCGAAGCAGUCAAGCCUCUCCUCACCCUUCUCAAAGACUGCAAGAAAUACUCCAAAUUUGCAGAAAAGGCCACUGCCCUUCUGGAAAUACUUUCCAAAUCUGAGGGGGAAACUGAACUAUUUACUGAAUUUGAUGAAGGCAUUCUAACCCUAGUGGAGACCGUCGAAGAUGGUUCUCUGCUUAGUGCAGAGUAUGCGGUCGGCGUGUUGCUUUCUCUGUGUAGGAAUUGUGGGGAGAAAUAUAGGGAACUUAUACUUAAUGAAGGGCCGAUUCCGGGGCUUCUGUUGUUGAGCAUAGAGGGGACAGAGAAGGCGAGGGAGAGGGCCCACGAUCUUCUGGAUUUGCUGAGGGACCCGCCGAGGAAAAGGACCUCAGAGGAGCUAAGGAAUAUAGUUUGUCAUAUAGCUUCGCGGGUUGAUCCUGGCCCGACUAAAGCUGCAGCCACGUCGAAAAGAUUGUUGCAAGAUAUGAUUAAGAGAAAUAUGGAGCUUACCGUUGCAAGGCUCCAGCGUGGAGCUUUUUUGCGCUCCCCUUAGUGUUGAUAUGAAGGGCCUUGCGUCGCUUACUAAUUAGUUAUUGCCGGAUUUGCGCUUUAUGAAGAAUAGGAGUUUGUAAAAGGUUAGUGAAAUGUAAAGGCCUUUUCGGUUUUUUGAAUUAUAAGUUGUUGUAUCAUUUGUAUCAUGGUGGUGUUUUCUUUUCUUUUCUUUUCUUUUCUUUUUUUUCGAUCUUUCGUAUAUUAAGUUGUUUUUGACAUACAUUGAUGUGCAUAUUUUUGUUCCAGAGGAUUAGGCAGUGGUUUUCUUAUCUCAUUGUAUCUUAUGGCUGAGCUACUUUGGGCCAAUUUGGAUGAAUGUACAUUUUGUUUUAGCACA